CUUAGUUCGAGUGCAUUCCACAAGUUGCUAGGUCAGUCAGUGUUUGGCUUUUGUUCUGUGUUGUGCUUUCUCUUUAUCUGUUCGGUUGCAUAUUGAGUUCAUUCUUUUAGAGGAGAUAAUCGUUGAGAUUUGAAAAGGAGAGAUGGCUCAAGCAGCCGUAAUUAGGGCCCACAACAGAGCCCAAGCUAAGGGCUCUGAUCCACGUGUGGCGACAUGCCGGGGUAAGCUCCAGAGCAAAAGAUCCAAACUCAAUCAGGAGAUCAACAAGGAGCUCAGGUUGAGAGCUGGAGCCGAGAAUCUAUUCAGGGCUACUACCAACCGGAAGCUGAGGGAAACAGUUGCUUUAGAGUUGAGCUUCGUUAAUUCGAACUUACAACUUCUGAAGGAACAGUUGGCCGAAUUGAACAGUUCUGUCGAACUCUACCAAGGAGAGAGCUCUGAACCAGUAAUGCCUGUGAUACCACUUGGACUAAAAGAGACAAAAGAUAUAGAUUUCCGAGAACCAUUCAAGGAUUUUAUAUUAGAACACUACAGCGAGGAUGGCUCCAAGUAUGAUAGUGCUAUAAACGAUUUCAUGGAAAUGAGACAGGCAAUGAGGACACCCCAUAGAGAUCAUACUGGAAUUUCACUUCUUUUGGAGUAUUACAAUCAGCUAUACUUUGUUGAAAGGAGGUUUUUCCCACCUGAUAGAAGCCUUGGGAUAUUUUUUGAAUGGUACGAUUCUUUAACUGGUGUUCCCAGUUCACAGAGGACAGUUGCAUUUGAGAAGGCUUGUGUUCUCCUGAAUGUGGCUGCACUUUAUACUCAAAUAGCUGCAAGAAAGCCAAGAGAUAGUGCCAAAGGCUUAGAUUCAGGUGUGGAUAACUGGUUGAGAGCUGCUGGCGCUCUUAAAUACCUAGCAGAGAACUUCACUAAUCCACCAUCUAUGGAUCUAACUGCAAGUGUCCUUGAUAUGCUCACCCAACUUAUGCUGGCACAAGCUCAUGAAUUUUUGUUUGAGAAGCUUCAGCUACAAUCUAAGGAUAAAAGGGAUGGAGACAUGAACUUUGACCUAGCUCUGGAAGCUAAUCAUCUUAGUAAAAGUUAUAAACAUCUCACUGAACUGACUAGCCCAUGUGAAUUCUUACCACUACCUUGGUCCUGCUUGUGCCGGUUGAAGUGUGAAUAUUAUGCAAGCCUAGCUCAUGGCUAUUCAGCUGAUGGAGUCGCAAAAAAGGGCAAAGCAACUACAACCUUAGUAGAUUGUAUGCUGAAACAAAAUGACAGCUUGCUCGAUAGUGCUAGGGAACAACAUGCAGCAAUAUUAAGAGAAGCACACCUGUUAAAGUCUUCGGCGAGAUUGGAAGAAGCCUGGAGAGUGCUGAGGUUAAACAGAGAGUUAAGGACCAAGGAGGCAAUAUCAAGGGUAUUAGGUGCUAGGUCUAAUAUAAUAAAUAGGUGUGAUGAAACACAAAGCCUGGCUGACAUCAUAGAACCACCAUUACCUCAAGGAGAAUUAAAAACACAGUUGCGGCCUACUCCGCCUGAUCCUGGUUCAGUGCCUACAUCAGAUCUUUUUUCUGGGCUUGGACCUUUGGGUGUUUUCUCUGCCAGGAACAGAUGGACACCACCUCGGACAGUUGCUUUAGAAGAAUCUUCUGGAGGGUUUGGUUUUUCUAUUACUACAGGGAGUCCAGCUGUAGUAACUGGUGUACAUGCAGGUUCACUCGCUGAGCGUUGCGGUCUCAAGGAAGGCGACUUAAUUGUAGGAAUUGGUGAUACUGAUGUCAAAUGGUCAUCCCACGAGGAAGUGGUUAGACUGAUUAGAUCAUCAGGAAGAGUUCUUGUCCUUAAGUUAGUCACUCCACUUUGCAUUAAAUCAGUGCAACAAAAAUCUUCCAAAAAGCCAGACACAGAUACCAGGAUGAAACAGCAGUCACCUAAGGACACCAAAGAUUCAAAAAAGUUAUCGUGGAGCAUUUUUAAAAAGCCUAAGGAUCCCCCACCAAACACUAAUAUUAUUCUGAGAUAAUGGUUUAAAUUUUAAUUGCUUUUAAUAGUUUUUAUAUACAUAAAAUCAUGUGAAAUAUUAUAAUAAAUGUAUUAUUUACAAUAUUUAAUAAAGGUUAAAUGACUGGUUAUUAUCUAUUGUAUUGUUUCUGUAAAAUGUCUGUAUUUGUAUAAUUAUUAUAUAUAUAUAUAUAUAUAUAUAUAUAUAUAUAUAUAUAUAUAUAUAUAUAUAUAUAUAU